UAAGUUUUAGUCAAAUAUUGUGUUUUUAAUCAGAUUUUGAAACAAUCAUUGAUUUAAAGAUUAAAUUGAAUUGAAAUGCAAUUCAUUUGCCGAAGAAGUGCAGCAAUAGUGAGACAAUCGCUUAUCGGUUGCCAUAAGUCACGGCUUUUGUCCACAAAAGGCAACUCAAGCGAUGACCAAAACCACGAUAUCUACGACCCCGUGUCCAACGAGCCGGAGAUCCCAUCAUCUCUUCGGCAAAGACUGGAAUCGAUUGAUAUGAAGAAGAAAAGGCUUUUAUAUCAGAGCAGAAAACGAGGUAUUCUUGAAAACGAUCUCAUUUUAGGCAACUUUGCGAACAAAUAUUUGGAUCAAAUGAGUGAUAAACAGUUAGAAAUGUAUGAUUUAAUCAUUAAUAUGCCGUCAAAUGAUUGGGAACUCUAUUACUGGUCUGUCGGCCGAAAAGAAGUGCCGAAAGAGAUGAGCAACGAAGUGAUGGAUCUAUUGAUUGAAUACACGAAGAAUCGGGACAAAGAGGUUAGGAUCAGACAACCGGACGUCUGAUUAUCGCUACCAUUAAACCACUUUUAUUAGCCGUAAAAGUAUUACCACAAAGAUAUCCAAUUAUUAAAUAAUUAGUUCAUUAAUAUAAUACAUAUUUAAUUCAAUAAUGUUUAGACUUUUAAUAAAAUUAGUCUUUGAAAUAAAUAAUCAAA